UAUAGGACUAGACGUACAAUUUUCCUCAAAAAGAAAUUGGAACAGGGUCCCAAGACCCGCCAAUUUAAACCCACCCGACCGCCGUCCCGCCGCCGUAUGGAUUCUCGCCUAGCCACCCUCUGAGAAGUAUUCGCAAAACCGUCAUAAAUGCUUCAACGUCUACUGAAAGAACCCUUCCGGCAGACGCCAUUACCGUUCCGCAGACAACCCACAAUUCUUUCAGCAUUACCUCAAAAUUCACUCAAUCAACAAAGCUUUGAGUUAAACUAUCGAAUCAUAUGCAAUCACUUAGUCGACUUUACCCGCGAAAAGAAUCUUCUAAAAGGCCAAUCUUUCCAUGCCCAUGUUGUCAAAUCGGGGAUGCAAAUAGUUCCGCUUAUUUGCCACCAUCUGAUGAACUUCUACGCUAAGCUUGAGCUCCCGUAUUGCUCGGAGCAGAUUUUCCACGAGUCCCAGUUCAUAUCUUCCACCACGUGGAGUUCUAUCGUAUCAAGUUUCGUUCAGAAUGAACUCCCGCUUCGUGGGCUUGAAUAUUUUAAGUUACUGCUGCGGAAUGAUGGAAUGUUUCCUGAUGAUUAUAUUUUUCCAUGUGCGACCAAAGCGUGUGCGAUGAUUAAUGAUUACUGUUUCGGGCAAUCGGUGCAUUGUCUAGCGGUGAAAAUUGGGUUUGAAGUGAAUGUGUUUGUGGGGAGCUCUGUCGUGGAUAUGUAUGCAAAAUGUGGGAAUUUAUUGGAUGCAAGAAAGGUGUUUGAUGAGAUGCCUGAAAAAAAUGUGGUGACCUGGAGUGGGAUGAUAUACGGUUACGCACAAAUGGGUGAGGACGAAGAGGCGUUGAAGCUUUUUAAGAAUGCUUUGUGGGAAGGUUUGGAAGUGAAUGAUUUUACAUUCUCGAGUGUAAUUCGGGUUUGUGGGUAUUCUACUCUGUUUGAAUUAGGUAAGCAAAUGCAUGGUUUGUGUUUGAAAUUGAGUUAUGAUGAAACCAGCUUUGUGGGGAGUGCUUUGAUCUCUAUGUACUCGAAGAGUGGAAUGAUUGAAGGUGCUUAUAGAGUGUUUAAUGAGGUUUCAGAUAAAAAUUUGGGAAUGUGGAAUGCAAUGCUGAUUGCUUGUGCUCAGCAUGCGGACACUAAGAGUGUGUUUGAGUUAUUCAAGAAAAUGGAAAAUACAGGGAUGAAACCAAAUUUUAUCACAUUUUUGUGUAUCCUCUAUGCAUGUAGCCAUGCAGGCUUAGUGAAGGAAGGAAAACAUUAUUUUGGUACGAUGAAGGAAUAUGGGAUAGAGCCAGGAAGUCAGCAUUAUGCUUCAAUGGUGGACUUGCUUGGCCGCGCGGGUAAAUUGCAGGAGGCCAUGAAAUUAAUUGAGGAAAUGCCAAUGCAACCAACUGAGUCUGUCUGGGGAGCUUUAUUGACUGGCUGUCGAAUUCAUGGAAAUACCGAGUUGGCAAGUUCUGUGGCUGAUAGGGUCUUUGAAUUGGGACCUGUAAGCCCAGGCCUACAUGUGCUGCUAUCCAAUGCUUAUGCAGCUGCUGGCAGAUAUCAAGAGGCUGCAAAAGCAAGGAAGAUGCUCAGGGAUAGUGGACAGAAAAAGGAAACAGGUUUGAGCUGGGUGGAGGAAGGUAAUAGGAUACACACAUUUGCUGCAGAGGAUAGGACACAUGAAUUCUCUGAGGAGAUUUAUAGAAAGCUGGAUGAGUUAGGAGAGGACAUGGAGCGAGAUGGUUAUGUUGCAGACACAACUUGUGUACUGAAAGAAGUUGGUGCUGAAGAGAAGAGCCAGACCAUUAAGUAUCACAGUGAGAGGUUAGCCAUAGCUUUUGCACUCAUUACAUUUCCACCCGAACGACCCAUUAGAGUUAUGAAAAACUUGCGUGUGUGUGGUGAUUGUCAUGUGGCCAUAAAGUUUAUGUCUAAGUGCACUGGAAGGAUUAUCAUCGUGAGAGAUAACAAUCGAUUUCAUCGCUUUGAGAAGGGGAAGUGCUCUUGUGGUGAUUACUGGUGAUUGAGCUGUAAGAAUGGAGGCAUGCCUAACUUUAUAUCCGCAAAGCAAAUACUUGAUCUUUGCUUGAUUUAUUCACAAGAAAAUGAUUGGACCCCUAAUGGCUCCUCUGGAAGGUUUCUAGAGUCUGCGGGAAAUGCUCACAUGAUAUGGCAUCAGGUUGACAUUUGCUGUAAAAUGUCAAAUGCUCAACUGGUUUAAGCUUUGUAAUUUCUUAUUCCCUGUAGAAGCACUCCUGCUUGACCUGAGGAAGAGAUGGAAAAUGUUCUUCCAGAGCACCAAGUAUGCUUUGAUCAACUUGCUUCAGAAAGUGUAUCUUAAUGUUGCUGCUAAAUCACAUGAACAAAUCAAGAAGCUCAGAACUGGUGCGCUCAAGCGUCAGUACGAUUUUCUGUAACCUCCUUGACAAUGUUCGGAGAGUUUGUGGGUAAGAGUAACAUUGCCAAGCAGAUAAACAAGAUUGCAAACGUUAUCCCUCAUCUCCACUUGCCAAUUUAAACUGAGAAGAAGGGGAAACACACAAGAAUCAAGGGAAAGACCGAUCUUUGUCAUCUCUCUGCUGAAAAUUAACACAGAUCUUUCAUGUCAAUGUCCAGUCAUUGGGGUCACUUGUUACAUUUCUGCCUGCUACAGUCUGUAAAUCGUAAAAUGGAUCCAGGGAUGGGAAGUGUAAGAUUUUAGUGCACACUGGAGCGGAGGAGCCCUUUCUUCUGCGCUUGCAAAAGCCAUACUCCAUUAGAUAAGCGGUUAUUUAAGUAAUCUGAUUGCAUAAUUGAGUGUAAUUAGGAUUUCUUUCUUGUGACAUCAAGUGAUCACAUAAGAAAGGGACAUGAAUACCACCUUUUUCUUUUGUUUUCUCUUCAAUUCAACAACAAAAGAGUCUACCAAGCACAGUUUAUAAUUUGUGGGUUGAUGGCAAAUGGGAGAGGUUGGUAGAAUAGAUAUUGGUAAACGUUUCCGUUUCCAGUGAUAUAAACAUGCACAAUGUGUGAACAAAAACUAUG